AUGAGAGUGUCUAUACAAUUUUCGAGUGUAUUAUGCUUGAUAUUGUUGUUUCGCUAUUCUCUUACUGAACAAUUUGAGUUCGACGUGUUAGCUGAAAAUGGAGAAGUAGACGUGGCUCAAUUCAAUAGCGACUUAGAGCAUCAGUACAGCAAAUUAUCCAAUGAUUCGCUCUUAUGGGGUCCUUAUAGAUCCGCUCUUUACUUCGGAAUACGACCAAGACUUCCAAAUUCAUUGAUUUCUGGAUUAAUGUGGUACAGCGCCGAUGGGUAUGACGGUGUUGGACGUAUGAGACACUUUUAUGAACAGGGUGACAACAUGAGAAGAGCCAACUGGGUCUCGUAUGAUCCUAGAGUUGGAGGUAGACAAGUAAUCGAGGAUGAGGAGUGCCACAUCAGGAUUAUCAUUGACUUUGUUAAGAGUGACGAUGGUAAGUCGUGGGCAGUGAAAGUCAGGGCCCAACCUCAUAAGGGUUACGAGAAUGUAAAGACUUCGUUCAUUUGGUACUCUGGAUUAGAAGGAGAAAAGAAGUCUCCAAUAGAAGGAGAUACAAGAACUGGAUACUUACAGUUGGACAACCCUAAAAGCGCAUUAGGCUACGAAGGUACCGUGAAGUUGACAGGUAUAUCUGAAGAAUUAGGAAUCUUCGAUAUCGAAAUCAACGAUGGUCCAGGAACGAACAGACAUCCAAUUUCAAAACCAGUUACACCAGAUUUAGAUCCAACAAGAGCACACCACAUAAGUUUACGUGUUCCUGAUGAUAAUGUUUGGAAAGCAAGAGACAUUUUUGUUACAAUGCUACAAGAAUCGGUCAAGGAUUUAGUAGAGAAGUAUUCCACUUUGAACGAGUUUCCUCCAGAACAAGCGUUUAUUAUAAGAGACUUAAACGGUUUCGAAGGAAAUCUUCACUUCGUGCAAAAGAUAUACCAAGGGGCUUGCGAAUUCGACAUUAUUUAUACCAAUGCCAUUACACCAGCUACAGAGAAAAUCACAUCUAAGAAUAUUAACUCAAAAAUAAAGCAAGUCCUAACAUUGAUCAAUGAAAAAUUUAACCAACAUUUUUCUUUAAACAAGCCGUUCGAUAAUUCGAGCAAGUUUAGAAAGUUUGGAAAAGAGAUUUUAUCAGGUUUACUUGGUGGUAUUUCUUACUUUCACGGCGACCAUUUAGUAGAUAGAGAAACUGCAUUUGAUGAGGAUUCAUUCGAGUCACAUCAACUUACUGGAUAUCCAGAGGGUCCCCAUGAAUUAUUUACCUUAGUGCCAUCUAGACCAUUCUUUCCAAGAGGUUUCUUGUGGGAUGAGGGUUUCCAUUUAUUGCCUCUUUUGAAGUACGACUCAGAUUUGGUCAUGGAGAUUAUGAAGUCUUGGUUUAGUUUGAUUGAUGAUGACGGUUGGAUAGCUCGCGAACAAAUCCUUGGUCCAGAACUGAGAUCUCGUGUUCCAGAACAAUUUCAGGUGCAAAGUCCAGAAAUCGUUAAUCCUCCUACUUUGAUGCUUGCUUUCACAUAUCUCUUGGAAUCAGCAAAACUGGCAGGUAAUUACGGAAACGUUAAUGAGCCAUUGUUUUACAGCGACGAAGCCAUUAUCACGCAUAAGGAUUUGGGGCUGGUUAUUCUUAACAACCCAGAGUUAUUAACAAACUAUACGAAAGAAAUAUAUCCGAGAUUAAAGACUCACUACGAGUGGUUCAGAAGAACCCAAAAAGGAUACGUGGAAGAAUUUGGAAGAGGAGCUAACUUAGAAGCAUACCGUUGGAGAGGCAGAACGAUUACACACUGCCUUGCAAGUGGGAUAGAUGACUAUCCACGGCCAAAUCCUGCCGAUGUCGCUGAAUUAAAUGUCGACCUUCUUUCGUGGAUUGGAGUCAUGUCAAGGUCGAUGAAAUUAAUUGCCCAGCUUUUGAAACAUGACGAAGAUGCCGAAAUUUUUGCCCAACAUGAAGAUAAUGUUGUAGACAAUUUAAGCAAAUUGCAUUGGUCGGACGAGGAAAAAGCGUAUUGUGAUGUUACAGUAGAUGAAGACGAUGAAAACAUUAAAGUAUGCCAUAAGGGUUAUCUUUCAUUAUUCCCUUUCUUAACCAAAUUGAUUCACAUCGAGGAGCUCGACAAAUUAGAGGCUAUGGUGGACUUAAUUUCGGACCCAGAAGAAUUAUGGAGUGAUUAUGGUAUUAGGUCCUUGUCAAAAAGCAACCAAUUCUACAGAACUGAAGAAAACUAUUGGAGGUCUCCAAUCUGGUUGAAUAUUAACUAUCUUAUCUUAGAAGGCUUACAGCACUAUUACGAUGUGGCGCACAUUCGCAUGAACUCCGAUAUCAGUAAUAAAUUCAAAAGAGUUUACAAGGAUUUGAGGUUAAAUCUUGUGAAUAAUGUUGUCGAACAAUGGGAGAAUACCGGAUACGUUUGGGAACAAUAUGAUGAUGAAACCGGAAAUGCUAAAGGUGCCAAAAAUUUCUUGGGUUGGACAUCAACAAUCUUGUUAAUCAUGAACAUGGCUGAAGAAUUGUAA